AUGGGCUUAGAAGACGAGGUAGUUGUGAACAUGGACAAUGUAGAAAAGAACCAUUCGAAAAAAUAUAAAAGAAAUGAUUCACUUGAAAUGGAAGCUGGAAUCGCCUCUCACAGCCGUGACUCGAAGGAUGAAUCAACAGCCUUAAUGCUACAACUAGCGUUUCAAAGUCUAGGAAUAGUUUACGGAGACAUUGGAACCUCGCCAUUGUAUGUGCUUUCAAGCGUGUUCCCUGACGGUAUAAAGAACAACGAUGAUAUCUUGGGCGUUUUCUCCUUAAUCUUUUACACACUCACUCUCAUUCCUUUUCUCAAGUAUGUGUUCGUCGUCCUAAAGGCAACAGAUAAUGGCGAUGGUGGGACAUUUGCUUUGUAUUCUCUGGUAUGCCGAUAUGCCAAAGUAGGACUUCUUCCGAAUAAGCAAGCAGAGGACGCAGAAGUGUCUAAUUAUCAGCUGAAAUUGCCAAACAACCGUGCAAAGAGAGUAUCAAAGUUUAAAUCUAUGCUUGAAAAAAGUAACUUUGUGAAGCUGUUCCUCUUGUUUGCUACUUUGCUCGGCACUUCCAUGGUUAUCGGUGACGGUGUUCUUACCCCUUGCAUAUCUGUAUUAUCCGCCGUGGGAGGGAUCAAGGAAGCUGCUAGCAGUAUAACUGAAAAUCAAAUUGUUAUGAUAUCAGUGGUAAUAUUGAUUGGUCUUUUCAUGGUUCAGAGAUUUGGAACUGAUAAAGUAGGUUACAGUUUCGCUCCCAUAAUCUGUAUAUGGUUCGCUCUCAUUGCUGGGAUCGGCGUGUACAACUUCAUCAAGCAUGAUGCAUCAGUUAUAAAAGCAUUAAAUCCAAAAUACAUAGUAGAUUAUUUCGUCAGGAAUAAAAUAGAAGCUUGGAUUUCUCUCGGUGGCAUUGUCCUUUGCACAACAGGAGCUGAAGCAUUAUUUGCUGAUGUUGGACAUUUCUCAGUUCGGUCUAUACAAAUAAGUAUGUGUUGUGUUACUUAUCCUGCUCUCAUUUUGGCGUACGCUGGACAAGCUGCAUUUCUUCGCAAAAACAACGAUCUUGUUAGUGCCACAUUCUAUAAGUCCAUACCAGGCCCAAUGUAUUGGCCAAUGUUUGUGGUUGCUGUUUUGGCAGCAAUAAUAGCUUCUCAAGCCAUGAUCUCAGGGACAUUUUCUAUAAUCCAACAAUCUCUAUCAUUGGGAUGUUUUCCUCGCGUGCAAAUUGUCCAUACAUCAGAAAAGUAUGAAGGACAAGUUUAUAUUCCAGAAGUUAAUUACAUCCUCAUGAUUGCUUGUAUUGCCAUCACUGUUGGUUUUAAAAACACAACAGAAAUCGGCAAUGCCUAUGGGAUAGCAGUGGUGUUUGUGAUGACACUAACAUCUGCUUUUCUCAUACUAAUCAUGAUCAUGAUAUGGAACACUCCCAUAAUACUGAUCAUCGCCUACGCUCUCAUCAUUGGUUCCGUGGAGCUUAUUUAUUUAAGCUCAGUUUUAUACAAAUUUAAUCAAGGAGGUUAUCUUCCUCUUGCAUUCGCCUUGUUUCUAAUGUUCAUCAUGUUUGUUUGGAAUAACGUGUAUCGGAAGAAAUACUACUACGAACUCGACCAAAAGGUUUCUCAAGAUAAACUCAGAGAGAUUGCUUGUGACACAAGUUUAAGUCGAUUACCUGGUCUUGGAAUGUUUUACUCAGAGCUUGUUCAAGGCAUUCCACCAAUUUUCAAGCAUUUUGUUGCGAAUGUACCUGCACUUCACUCUGUCCUUGUCUUUGUUUCAAUCAAAUCUUUGCCUGUAAGUAAAGUCCAAAGAGAAGAAAGGUUUCUCUUUCGCCGAGUACAGCCUAAAGAGCUCAAUGUAUUCCGAUGCGUAGUUAGAUAUGGAUACACUGAUGUCCGCAACGAGAAAGAGCCUUUUGAGAAGCUAAUGCUUGAGAGGUUAAGGGAGUUUAUUGUUAAUGGAUAUUAUUGUUCUCAAGAAAUUACUGGCGGUGAAGCUAAAGUACAAGAGGCAGCUGAGAAAGAGAUUGAAGUAAUUGAACAAGCAGCAAAGGCUGGUAUUGUUCACUUGAUUGGUGAAAAUGAGGUGAUUGCUAGGAAAGGAGCCGGCAUAUGGAGGAGGUUUAUGAUUGAUUAUUCUUACAAUUUUUUGAAGAAAAACUUGAGGGAGAGCGAAAGAAUAUUUGAUAUUCCUCAACAACGUAUGGUCAAAGUGGGAAUGACUUAUGAACUAUAA